AUGACCGGUGGUGGAGAUAUGAAGACGAAUGAAAAACAUCGUUUGGCAUUAUUAAAAGAAUCCUUAACACGUUCGAAUACAUUAACAAGUGGUAUGGUAUCAACAUUAGAUAAUUUUGAACGAAAACUUGAAUCAUUAGAUGAAUUAGUUACACCUGUAUAUGAAGCAACAAAUGAAUUAAGUUUUCUAUUAAAUAAUGUUGAUCAAAGUUUAUCAUUAGUUGAUUCUAUUCUACAUUAUUAUGAAAUAUGUAGUGAAUUACAACCAACAGUAUCCUCAGGUCCAGGUGGAAAUUUAACUGAAUAUUUAUCUGAAUUAGAUCGUCUUGAAGAUGCUGUAAAAUAUUUUAAACGUACAACAUCUGUUAGUGAACGUGAACGUGUUAUACAAUUAUUUGAUCUUGGAAGAAAACGACUUGUUGAAGAAACUGAUAAACUUAUUUUACGAUAUGCUAAUCCAUUAUCAGCAAAAGAAUUAACUGAAUUAUGUGAAAUGUCAGAAACAAAUCGAAAUGAUAUUCAUGCAAUGCAAGAAGUUGAUAUGGGUACAUUAAGAAGAAUAAUUGAAUGGUUUAAUUCUCAUGGUUUUCGACAAGGUCUUAUUGAUUCAUAUGCAACGAAAAGAGGCACAAUGAUUCGACGUUCUAUUCAACUUCUUGCAGAACAUUUAGGAAAAUCAUCAUCUGUUCGACGUGGAUCGACUAAUGUAAUUCAAUCGAAUGCAAAUUUAUCACAAAGUAAUAUAUCUGGUACAGAUACAUUAAAACGAUCAGGAAAAACAUUUAGUGAUGUGAGCCGUCGUUUAAUGCGAUCAUCGGGUACUGGUGCAUCGCCUCGUGUAAAUUCUCUUGCAUCAGUAGUAUCAAUAGUAAUGGAAGAUAAUGCUAUUUUUGAUUCAAGUGAUCAUCGUGAUACAAACAAUUAUAAAUUAUUACUUGAUGCUUUUAUUAUUCUUUUACAACGUGAUCGUGAUUUACUUAAUUAUGUUUUUCCUCAUGACUUACAAUCACUUGUUUUUACAAAAUUAAUUGAAUUACCAUUAGUACAUAUGCGUGAAGAAGCACAACGUUUAUGUGAAUCAAUUGGAAGAUUAACACAUAAGUUAGAUUCUGGUAAAUUUGCAAUUUAUGGUAUUUUUGAAAUUUUAAGAUGGUUUCUUAAAUCAAGACCAACAUUUUCUAAACUUUAUCAACAAAGUGAUGUUGCUCGUAGACAACAAUUUACUACACUUUCAGCAACAUUUGAACAAUCAGCAGUUACUAAUCUUCGAGAAAUUUUAGAAGAAGUGACUACCGAUGCAUCAUCACCAAGUCAAGGUGGUAAUGUACAUCCAUUAACAUCACAUGUAUUAGCAUUCAUGGAAGGUUUAUUAACUUAUGAAGAUACUGCAACAAUAAUUGCUUCGAUUUAUGUUGAACAAGAACAACGAUCAGGUAGUGGUGGUUCAUCAGGAGCAGAAAAAGGUCUUUAUGACUUGGGAAGUUAUUUUGCUCGAUUAAUUCGAUCACUUCAUACUAAUCUAUCAAAGAAGAUUGAUGGUUAUGUGUCACGUACAGAUACAACAAUACGAUCAAUAUUCCUUCUUAAUAAUAUUAAUUAUCUUCUUAGACGUCUUGAAAAUUCACCUCUUCUUGCUAUAAUUCAACGAUAUCAACCAAAUAUUUUAUCAAAAUAUGAAGCUGAUCUUCAAACGAGUUUAAGUGAUUACACAAAAUGGUACUUUAUGUUUUAUUUAAUAAGUUAG